UCUAUAAAGACCUUACAUUUAGAGUAUCACUUGACUCGAAUUACACAAUUCUAUUCAAAAUCAAGCUGAUAUGGAAAUCCAAAUUAUUUCAAAAGAAAUAAUCAAACCCUCAUCACCAACACCACAACACCUCAAAAUCUACAGCCUCUCACUCCUUCAUCAGAUUGCUCCUCCUGUUUAUGUUCCCGUAAUUCUCUUCUACUCUUCUCAUUCAGACACUAAUCUGAAUUUCAGCAAACACCUGAAACAAUCUUUCUCAAAAACAUUAACAGAUUAUUAUCCUCUGGCAGGACGAAUCAACGACGAUUAUUUUAGUAUCGACUGUAACGACAGUGGCGCUUCAUACACCGAAGUCAACGUAUUAUCCGGUGAAAUGUCCAUGGUAAUCCAGGAAUCAAACAUUCAUCACCUUGAAAAGUUACUUCCAUGUAGCCCUUAUGAUAUGUUACCUGAUAUUAGCUCUCAGGAAAUGCUUAAAGCCCAAGUGAGUUACUUUGCAUUCGGUGGGAUAGCGAUCAGUAUCUGUGUUUGGCAUGUGAUCGGUGAUGCAAUGUCUGCGGCUUCCUUUAUUACCAACUGGGCUGCAAUUGCUAAUAAAUAUACUAAUGGUGAUGGUGGUAAUGGUAACUUAAACGACAUCGUUUUGGAUUGCACCUCGCUUUUCCCUCCACGGGAAAUACAAAGCUUCUUGUGGCGUAACUUCAUGACUGACAAAAGAAGGAACAAUAUUUCGAUGAAACAGUUUGUAUUUGAUGGCUCUAAGAUAGCUACUUUGAGAGAUGAAGUAGGCAAAGUAGGACCGAGCUUCAAGCAUCCAACGCGAGUCGAGGCUGUUGGUGCACUAAUUUGGAAAGCGGUUAUGGCUGCAACUGGAAAAGCAUACAUAGCAGCAAUUGUAGUAGAUUUGCGAAAACGAGUGAGUCCUCCAUUACCAAGUAAUUGUAUAGGAAACAUCAAUCAAAUGACAUUUGCUGUGGAUAGUAAUUGGAGGACAGAUUAUAAUAGUUUAGCAGGAAAGAUUCACGAGUCGAUAAGAAUGAUCGAUGAUGAGUAUAUCAAGAAGAUCCAUGGAGGUGGUGGAUACCUAGAACAUGUCCAAGCUUUAGCCGACAGGGAUUCAGAUAGUCCUGGGUGGUUGAAACAAUUUUCUAUAAGUAGUUGGUGUAAAUUUCCUUUCUAUGAAGCUGAUUUCGGGUGGGGAAAGCCAAUUUGGGUAACCACUGCCUUGAUUAAUACGAGUGCUUUUCUGCUGGAUACAAAGGAUGGUGAGGGAAUGGAAUGUUGGAUUGGAUUGCCCAAGGAAGAGAUGCCAAAAUUUGAACAUCACCCUGAUAUAUGCUUGUAUGCUUCAUUCUAG